UGCAUUUGUGCUGUUGUGCUGUGCUUUGGUUGUGAUUUAUUGGAUUUAUUGUAGUGUGUUGUAGGUAUCGGUUGUGCGUUAUCGAAGUUGAAGUGAUAUAAAACUGAUUUGCAAUGCCUUCUGGUGCAAGUAAGGAUUCCCUUAAGGAGUAUGUGAAGUCGAUUGCUGCUCCUGGGACAAAUACAGCAAAUAUAUUUGGCCUUAAAACAUGGAUGUCCUCAUCUCGUGGCGAGGCAGUUGCACCGCUGAUGGAGAACGAGGACAACUUUGAGGAUCCAAGCCAGGCAUCCAGCAAUGCUUCCUGGUUUGGCAGUGACACAUCCAACUUCUUAGGCCUGAGUCGGAAACAGCGAGUGAUUGGUUUCAUGACCUGCCUGUGUCUGGGCUCAAUCUGCUUCACCGUGGCGGGUUUCACCAUUCCCUUCAUCGCCUUCAAGGCCAGGAAGUUUGCCACCCUUUUCACGCUCGGGAGCUUCUUCUGUAUGUCCAGUUUCUCGCUGCUGUGGGGCCCCUGGGCGCACCUGAAGCACGUCUGCUCGCGGGAGCGGCUGCCAUUCACCUCUGUCUACGUGGCGUCGCUGGCGGCCACGCUCUACUGCUCGCUGCACCUACACAGCACGGCACUGACGGUGGUGUGCGCGCUCUGCCAGCUGGUGGCACUCGUCUGGUUCGUAGCCUGCCACAUCCCCGGCGGAGAGCGCGGCCUGCGCUUCUUCUCGACACUGUGCUCGUCGGCGGUGCGCUCCACGGCGUCCCGGACACUCCCGGUGUGAGACGGCGAGACCGGUGGAGGGCUGUCGACUGUUUCCUAGGGUAUAUUGUGUAUGUUGGGCGGGAAGUGGCCGCUCGGCCAGGCAGCUUGUGAUCGUGUGUGUCGGUACGCCGGCCGGAAGACACCCCUUCGUGUGAUCGAGCUGUUAUUUAUGUUCAUUGUUCAUGCUUGUCUCGUCA